AUGGACGGCGCAGCCGGGUCGGGUGGCGGGCCAGGCGGCGGCAACGGCACCGCGGCGCCCAAGGAGCGCGCCGCGCAGAAGCCGCUGCCGGCCUUCCUGUCCCGCAUCCAGUCCCUGCCAUCCAGCAUCACCAGCCGGGAGUUCUGGUCCAGCCUGCCCGUCUCCACGCGGCUCUUCUUGGUCUGGUCCGUCCUCGACGCCGUCAUGGUGGUGUACUACUCCAUCUGGCAGUUCCGCGACGUCUGCGUGGGCGACACGGACGAGAUGGGCAACCUGGACAAUACCUGCAGCGGCGAACUGCUCCACAUCCUGCUGGGCCUGCUGGUCACGGCCGGCUUCUUCGUGGUGCUGGUGAUGGAUGCCGUGGCCAACGAGAACGACCUGGAGCUGCUGGCCACCAUCCUGCUAUCGCUGCUGGUCACGGGGAGGGUGCUGUUCCAUCUGUUCUCGCAGGACACGAGCAAUCUGACCCAGGUGUCGGGCAUCACGCUGUCCAUCUUCUUCGAGCUGGUCACGCUGAUGCUGGCGUACCUGUCGUAUCGCAAGUUCGGCUGGCGCGUGUACAGCCGGGUGGCCUGCGACCUGCGGCUGAAGGACGCGCAGGAGAAGAGGCGCCUGUACUUCAUGCUGCACAGAUACAAGACCCUCGUGAAGCUUGACAUAAUGUUCCUCAUUCUGAUGUUUGUCACCGGUGUGGUGAUGGCACUGGAAGAAAACAAAGACGAGGUCAACAGGGAUGGUUUCUGGAACCUGGGCGUCCUGGGCUCUGUUGUUAUUGGCACCAUAGUGUCUACCAUCUGGCUUGUGCUGGCAAUCCAGACUGUUAGACAAGAGGACAUGAAGCCCUGCAAGUGGCUGAGCUACACGCUGUGGCUCAACUUUCUGUUUCCCGUUUUGUCCAUAAUCUUUGUGUAUGGCGACAACCAGAGGGACGCUCGAGUGGCUAAAGAAUCGCUGCUAUUGUCUGUAUCCUUCUUCCUCAUCACACGACUGGCGGUGUGGUGGUACAUGCGACGGCUUAUGGCCCAGGCGCAGAAGAGCCCCAAAUCAGAUCCCAAUCGGGGUGAGGACCACCGGGGUGUGACCAGCAUCAACCCAGACCUCCUGCCGCUGCUGAAAGGCUCAUGGAUUACCAAGCCAACGUUCAACUCUCCAAUGAAGAGGCGCUUCUUCCAGCUGUCGCAGGACUACACAACACUGCGGUGGGCGUGGAACAACUAUGUGCUGUUGUACCACGUCGACUCAGUGAACCAGGAUGAUGAGUCACUGUCCUUGACCCUCCUGUUUGCCAUGGAGCCUGAGCUGGUGCUCAAAUUCAAGAGCAGGGCCGAGUACCAGGUUUGGAAACGAGGGCUGACCCUUGUGGUGUCGAUGCUCAUGUCACCUGAUGAGGGGAUCCAUGGGGUGCCCCAACUGAGGGACUCUGGCGGGCGCAAGAAUUUUGCUGACCAACCAAAUGCGGUGCUUCAGAAAUUUCUGAAGGGGAUUGGCAUUGCUGUGCACAACCGGAGGGCUGGUGGCGAUCAGAUGCCACCCAAUCUGGCCACGAAGUCCCACGAUGACAUCGCGGCACACAUGGCCAAGCAGAUGAGUGUGCGUGCUGCCAACGCUGCCCGAUUGGCACUUCCCUAUCAAAGUCUAAGAAUUUUGGAACUGAUGUGUGCCUCCCUAUAUAAUGUUCUUGCAUAUGUAUCAAUUGAAUGCUUCAGAGUAUUCAAUCCCCUGGAGCCGUGUCCAAGAUGCUCUUCUUGUGAGAGUCAAUUCCAAGCCAUGUCCACAAUCUAA